AUGGAUCACAGACCGCAAGCUUGGGGCCGUCCCAGAGACGACGUCUACGGAGCCUACAAUGCCUCCUACAUGAACCCCAACGGUCCCAACCAAGCGACACAAGCACCCAUCGUCACGGGAACAUCAGUCAUCGCCAUCAAGUACAGCGAAGGCGUCGUCAUUGCCGCCGAUAACCUGGCAUCCUACGGCUCCCUCGCCCGCUUCACCGACGUCAAGCGUCUGCGCAGCUUUGCCGACUCCACCGUCGUCGGCUUCGGCGGCGACGUCUCCGACAUGCAAUUCCUCGACCGCCACCUCCAGUCCCUCGACAUCGAGGAGUCCUACGACCUGUCCACGGACCAGCCCGCCCGCCUCAACGCCGCCAACCUGCACAAGUACCUCUCCAAGCUGAUGUACAAGCGCCGCUCCGAUUUCGACCCCCUGUGGAACCACCUGCUGGUCGCCGGCCUCGACGACGCCGGCAAGCCCUUCCUCGCCGCCGCCGACCUGCUCGGUACCACAUUCACCUCCCCCUCUUUGGCUACGGGUUUCGGUUCUGCCCUGGCUCAGCCCAUUAUGCGUCGCUACGUCCCCGACGAGGAGGCUGCCGCCAAGCUCUCCAAGGAGCAGGCCAUCGACGUCAUCAAGGAGUGCAUGAAGGUGCUCUUCUACCGUGAUGCUCGCAGUCUGGACUCAUACUCUAUCGCCGUGGUCACCAAGGAGGGUGUUGAUCUGAAGGAGAAUGAGAAGUUGGAGAAGCAGAGCUGGAAGUUUGCGGAACGCAUUCGUGGCUAUGGCACGCAGGUCGUUUGA